ACCUAUCUCUUUUCUAUAUACUUUCUUUGUCUAGUUGGUAUCGUUUUUAUGGAGAGAGAUCGAAUAUAAAGCCAAUAAGAAAUAGGAUAUAUUGCAUGGACUGACAAAAGCCAAAAAGAAAAAAAAGGGAACAGAAGAAGAAAAACACAAACUUCCCGUAUGCGAAUAACAGAAUUUAAAUGAUAUUUCUUGGCAAAAAGAAUUGUACGGCGUUCGAGAUUGGAUUUCUUUGCGUUUCUAGAAACUAGCAAUUAAUUAAUAUGUGGAGGCUGAAGAUUGCGAAGGGUGGUGAUAGCCCAUACAUAUCUAGCACAAACAGUUAUGUGGGGAGACAAAUAUGGGAAUUUGAUCCAAGUGCAGGAACACCUGAAGAGCUGGCUGAAAUUGAAGAGGCCCGCCAAAAUUAUCGUAACAAUAGUCAUCAGGUUAAGCCAUCUGCUGAUGUACUUUGGCGGUUACAGUUCCUGAGAGAGCAGAACUUCAAACAAACAAUACCACAGGUGAAGGUUAAGGAUUGUGAGGAAAUUACGUAUGAAACUGCAACGACUGCAAUGAGGAGAGCUGCCCAUUUCUUUUCAGCUAUACAAGCCAGCGAUGGUCAUUGGCCUUCGGAAAAUGCCGGCCCAUUCUAUUUCAUUCAACCUUUUGUAAUGUGCUGUUACAUUACAGGGCAUCUUGAUACUGUAUUCACAGCUGAGCAUCGCAAGGAAGUCCUCCGUUACUUUUACAAUCAUCAGCAUGAAGAUGGUGGAUGGGGAAUGCACAUAGAGGACCAUAGCAGCAUGUUUGGCACAGUUCUUACUUACAUUUGUUUUCGUCUACUGGGAUUCGGACCUGAUGAUGGUGAAAAUAAUGCUCUUGCGAGAGCUCGAAAAUGGAUCCGCGACCGUGGUGGUGUAACAUAUAUACCUUCCUGGGGCAAAAAUUGGCUUUCGAUUCUUGGUGUUUUUGAUUGGUCUGGAAUCAACCCAAUGCCUCCAGAGUUUUGGAUCCUUCCUUCUUUUUUCCCAAUUCAUCCUUCAAAAAUGUGGUGUUAUUGUCGACUUGUUUACAUGCCACUUUCUUAUUUAUAUGGGAAGAGAUUUGUUGGUCCAAUUACACCACUAAUUCAACAACUAAGAGAUGAACUCCACACUCAACCUUACAAUGAAAUCAACUGGAGGAAAGUGCGUCAUCUAUGUGCAAAGGAAGAUUUGUACUAUCCCCAUCCAUUCGUACAAGAUGUACUUUGGGAUAGUCUUUACUUAGCAACUGAGCCUCUCCUUACCCGUUGGCCUUUGAAGAAGCUCAUUAGAGAGAGGGCACUUCAAGAAACAAUGAAGUUGAUUCAUUAUGAAGAUGAGAGUAGUCGAUACAUAACUAUCGGAAGUGUUGAAAAGCCAUUGUGUAUGCUUGCUUGUUGGGUUGAAGAUCCCAAUGGAGUUCCGUUUAAGAAGCAUCUUGCUAGAAUUCAAGAUUACUUUUGGCUUGCGGAAGAUGGAAUGAAGAUUCAGACGUUCGGCAGUCAAGUUUGGGAUACUUCUCUUGGUCUUCAAGCUCUUAUUGCUACCAACCUCAUUGAUGAAUUUGGACCUACAGUCGCUAAAGGACAUCACUUUUUAAAAAAAACUCAGAUCAAGGAUAAUCCUCUUGGCGACUUUAAAAGCAUGUUCCGUCACAUUUCCAAAGGAGCUUGGCCUUUCUCUGAUCAAGAUCACGGAUGGCCAGUUUCUGAUUGCACUGCUGAGAGUUUUAAGUGCUGCCUACUUCUCUCAAUGAUGCAUCCUGAUAUUGUUGGAGAGAAAAUGGAACCUGAGUGGCUAUUCGAGGCUGUCAAUUUCAUACUUUUUCUUCAGGAUAACAAUGGAGGGUUAGCAGUUUGGGAGCCAGCAGGUGCUUCACUACUUUUGGAGUGGCUCAAUCCUGUAGAGUUUCUUGAGGACCUUGUUGUUGAGCACACGUAUAUUGAGUGCACUGCAGCAGCAAUCCAGGCAUUUGUUCUGUUUCAGAAAUUAUACCCAAAUCAAAGACCUAAAGAGAUUAAUAAUUUCAUCCAAAAAGCUGUGCAAUACAUCGAAAAGGAACAACUUAAAGAUGGUUCAUGGUAUGGAAAUUGGGGAGUUUGCUUCAUAUAUGGUACUUUUUUUGCCAUUGGAGGUUUGGUUGCUGCUGGCAAGACUUACGACAAUUCUUUGCCUUUGCGUAGAGCAGUUAAUUUUCUGCUAAAAUUGCAAGGUGAAGAUGGUGGUUGGGGAGAUAGCUAUCUUUCUUGCGCAAAUAAGAUAUACACACCUCUUGAAGGUAAAAGAUCAAAUUUGGUACAAACUGCGUGGGCUUUGAUUGGUUUAAUUCAUUCGGGACAGGCUAUCAGAGAUCCGAUACCUAUUCAACGAGGUAUAAAGUUGUUGAUCAAUUCUCAAUUUGAAAAUGGUGAUUAUCCUCAAGAGGAAAUCAUGGGAGUUUUCAUGAGGAAUUGCACGUUGCACUAUCCUACAUAUAGGAAUAUAUUCCCAUUGUGGGCUUUAGCAGAAUAUCGUAACAAGGUUCUAUUGCCGAUAAAAAGCUUUUAAAUUAUCAUGGGAACUAAUUGAAUCUCCGAAGUAAGGUCACAUUUGAUACAUCAUAGUAAUAAAAUUUAUUCAGACUCAUGUUGCUCAUUUUGGCAUUAAAAGGACAUAUUAGUAAAUUUAUGUAUUAAUAAAAUGAAUAUUUAUUGUACUUAUAAAGAAUACACAAUAAAUAUUUAUUGUAUUUAUAGAGUAUA